GAGGAGUAAAAUAGUUUUCUACUACAUUUUGCGGUGGAUUGAAUGAGGUGAAGACAGGACUUUUGGUUGAAGGAUUGGGGUACAUGUCUCUGAGGAGGUGGUGUCUGUCGCCAUUUGAAUGCAAAUGUGGUGGGAGAACAAGGAGACUGUGUGCUAUGUCCGUGUGUGACUAUGUGUGUGUGUGUGUGUGUGAGAGAGAGAGAGAAAGAGGGAGAGAGAUGGUCUGAAUAAAGAAGAAAAGAAAUAACUUGCCACACAGGCACAUGUUUCCUCCUGUUUACUGGUAGUCAGAUGUACUUUUAGACACUGCUGAAAUUCAAGAUGUGUCUCUGUAACACAUUAGACAAUUUGUUUUUGCGACUGGAGGAAGAAGAUUUAGUUUUAGCUAGAUCCAUUUAAGAGAAACUGUGCUCUUUUAACCGGUGAUCCAAGUUCUUAUUACUUUCUGAAUCAUGUCGCGCCGGAAACAGAAACGACCACAGCAGCUUAUGAACUCCUCUCCAUGGAGUUCACGGAUACAUGCGCAUGAGAAGCCGUUUGCUGUGAGGUCAUUCAGCACAACCCUUGCCACGGACUCUUCCUCAUUUGCCACAUCUUCCUCGUCUUGGAGCUGCCAGCCCCCCUUGGCCUCGCCCCCUUCCAGCAAGGGUCCUCUCAUCCCCUCCCUGCCUGCUGACAGCUCGGCUUCCACCCCCUGCUCCAGCCAGCCCAAACCCAAACCCUCUCCCACCUCCCUUGCAGGCUCCCACCACACCAAUCCACCACCUGACGUCCAUCCACCUUACCUGUCUUACCCAACCCAAAUCCCCACACCAGCCUCCUCCGCCCAGAACCACUGUCCUCGCUUCCUCAUGGCAUCUCCAAAACUCGGCGUGUCGGCAACCACCACCUCAUCCUCCUCGUCUUCCUCCUCCACCGCCCCACUCUGCCCACCGCCGCAUCCCCCCACAGGCAGCCCCAGCCCGGUGCCUGAAGGCCCCCCCAGCCCUGUUACCCCUGAACCCAGCCCUGGUGCAGUGCCCCCCGGCCAGCCCCGAGCCCACCUCAGCAUCGCCGUGAUCCUGGAGGAGCUGCAUGUGCUCCAGCAGCGCCAGAUCCACCAGAUGCAGAUGACCGAGGAGAUCUGCAGACAGGUGCUGAGGCUGGGUGGGGCGUCCUGCGCUUGGGACUCCCUCCCACUCCUCCUGCCCCCUCUGCCCCAGCUGUGCUUGGAGGGGUCCAAAAGUGCCUCCAGGCCGUCCCAGCCUACCCCUGUCCCUACACCGUCCUCAGUGCCUCCUCUCCUCGCAUGUUUCUCUUCGUUGCUCCCUCCUCAAGCCGCAUCUAAGCCACCAAAGCCAACACACCCACUCUCUCAAAUUCUGCGCCCUCACAAAUCUCAGCUGGAAAGCUCCAUUGGAGGAGCAGGAGUAGACAACCAGGUGUAUCCAGCCACUGGUGCCCGAUCUUCAUCUUCUUCCUCCUCCUCUUCAUUCAGUGUUUCCAACUCUGGUGGUUCCAGCUACCCUCUGUCCCUGGGUCUGCCUGCACGCACCAUGCAUGAGAAAUCUACUGCUCUGUCAGCUAGUGGACUCGGUAGUCUCAGUCUUUCCAACCCAGCUCUACCAUCAGCCACAGCCCAAACUGCACCCCUACCUGAGCCAAACCUGUCUUCCCUAGGAGUUGGGUCCACAUCGUCAUUCUUGGGACGCAUCCAUCACACCUGUCGGUUUUGCGGCAAGCAGUUCAGCAGUGACUCGUCCCUGCAGAUCCACCUGCGCUCGCACACGGGCGAACGUCCCUAUCAGUGCCCUGUGUGCCUGAGCCGCUUCACCACACGCGGGAACCUCAAGGUGCACUUCCUGCGGCACCGCGAGCAGAACCCAGAGCUCUCGCUCUCCCUGCUGCCCCCGGCCCUCUUCACCUCGGGCGCCGGGACUGAGCAGAGCCAGCCCAUGAGCUCCAGCGGUGGAGGAAGUGCCAUGGUGACAGCUCAGCGCCAGCGGAAGAGGCAGGCAGAGGACGAGCUGUUUUGCGACGGCCUGGAGGUCAGUGUACCUGGGGGAGGGUCCUCCACAGGGACAGGGGUGUCAUCCCAGCGUACCCCACCCUCCUCUCUACCACUGCCCCCUAGCGUGGACAUCGCCCUGAUCUCCACAGCUCACUCCCUCAUACAGCUCAACAGAGCCGCUGCAGCUGCCGCCGCUGCAGCUGCCUCAAUGUCCUCUGCGUCGUCACAAACACCUUCCUCUUCCUCCUCCUUAUCUUCCUCCACCUCUUCCUCCACACUGGCCUCCUCUCUGUUAUCUGCUCCUGUCUCCUCUGCCUCCUCGAUCGCAGGGUUCUUCAAGGGCGCCAAGCAGCAGCGCUUCGACGAGAACACGCCUCCACUCCCGGCUCUGCUUCAACACUCUGCCUACUCCCAGCUGGCUCACCUUCCCACACUCCUUUUCCCCUCUGCCUCCAGCCACCACCACUCUGCCCUAGGGCUCCUACGAUCCCCAUCCUCCUCCCUGGUCACAUCCCAGCAUUCCUCUUCUUCUUCUUCCUCUCAGCAGCAGCAGCAGCAGCAGCAGCUCAACUUCCCCUUCUCCUCAUUCUCCAAAGCUGCAACCUCGUCUGCCACCUCCGCAUCCACCUCCACCCUGACCUCUGACACCUCCAAGCUGCAGAGGCUGGUGGAGAAGUUGGAGAAGGAGCCGCCGAGCCCAUCCCACUGGUUGUCUUCCACAGGAGAGGCAUCGGUAGGCGGCAGCAUGAGCAUGACCUCGGCCCCAGCUCUCCCCACCUCCAGUAGCUACAUGAGCUCGAGCGCUUCUGGCACCUCCCACGGCGCCACCUCCUCUUCAUCCUCCUCCUCCUCUACCAUGCUGUCUCCAGCGUCCACCUUCACCAGAGAGAUGCUGGCUGCACUGGGCAUAACCACUGGCAGGCCAUCUGGUUUGGCUGGUAUACUGAUGCCCAACCUAGGGAUGAUGAGCGCAGCAGCCGCCCUGGCUCCCAACCAGUGUGGCAUCUGUUUGCGGGUGCUGAGCUGCCCUAGGGCACUCCGCCUGCACCAGGCCACACACCUCGGUGAGCGGCCCUUCCCAUGCAAGCAGUGCGGACGUUCCUUCUCCACUAAGGGCAGCCUCAGGGCUCACCUGGCCACCCACCAUGCGCGCCUGCCCAACGCCCGAGCCCAGAACUCGUGCCCAUUGUGCCAGCGCAAGUUCACCAACGCCCUGGUCCUUCAGCACCAUAUCCGCAUGCACCUGGGAGGCCAGCUGCCACCAGAGGGUGAAGGAGAGCUGAACUCCAACCCCACAGAACAGGACUCCUUCUCUCUGUUCCAGAGCUCUGAAGGAACUGCCACCGGGCCCAGUGCAGUUGAUUCUGCCUCCUCGGGCAAUGAGUUGAAGAGCACAGAACAGCGUCAGAGCAUAGAGGGUAGCACGUCUGUGAGCAGUUCCAUAUGUCUGCCAGUCGGUGGCAUCAGUGGGGUAUCCCUGUCAGCUGUGGGCAGCCCCAGACAGUCAUACAGCCCUGACCCAAUCCCACCCUCUGACCUCAGCCCAGACCCCACCCUCAAUCCCGCUGCUCAUGUUCCCCUGUCGGGCAGUGCGGAACCGCCCAUCCUGAGUGCCAGUGUUCCGCCACCUCCGUCAUCCAAAUCUCUUUCCCCAUCUCCUCCUCCUGCCACCACUUCUCCAGAACGUUCUACCCUUGGUGACCCUUAUGUGGAAAAUACCAUCACUACCCCAGCCAGAAAUGCCGCCUCUGCCCCAAGCUCCCCUGUGGUGACCAAACCCAACAGCCCCUUGAGUCUACUAGGGGACGAUGACAAUGGGCUGAGUGAACCUCCGUCUUUCCUAUCCAUGUUUCCAGCUGGCAGUAGGUCAGAUUUGGUGAGUCUUCCAAGCAUGUCUUCACAGAGUUUUUCAGCACAGCCCCCUCCUCAGUCCAGUGCCAGCCCUCCUCCACCUUACCCAGUGCCAACCUCAGGUACUGCAAACGGAGGUAGCACACUCAAUGUGGACCAGGGUAAUACCCAGCCUCAGAGAGCCCAGAGCCCAGAGCCCUGUGAGGAAACCAAGGUGGAGGUGCCUUCCUGUUCAACACCAAAGAGCACCCAGAUGGUGACUACCAGCCUGGACGUGGACAACCAGGCAGUGCCAUCAUUGGACACUGUGGAUAAGGACAGUGUUGAACCUGCACUGGAGGCUCCAGAACAAACACUCCUGCAGUCAAGAGAGCUGAGGAUGGAGAGCCGCUCCUCCCCUCCCGUGAAGGAUGAAGUGAUGGAUCCUGGGAAGAAAAUGGGGCCAGAGCAGGAACAGGCUGAAACAGUGGUACCCAUAAGUCUUGCUCCAACUCUGCCACACCCUGCAGCACGGCCAGAGAAGAAGACCUACUGCUGCUCUGAAUGUGGGAAGGAGUAUGCCAGCCGCAGCGGUCUGAAGGGGCAUAUGAAACACCACAGCGGAACGGUUGUCAAGCCAACACGCACUCCUGUGAGAUCUACCCGUUUCAGCUCUGAGCGCCACGCUGCCACCUCCCUGUCCACCCCUCUCCCUGCCCAGCCCUCCACAGCCACCAGGGCAUCCGUCAACUUCUGGAACCAGUACCAGGCCUUUCUCAAUUCCAACAGUGGAACCCCAGCUGAGGAUAUGUCUCCAGUCCUUGCCAGCCAGAGCCAAGGGGGGUUGGAGAUGCCUCAGUUAGCCGAUUCUCCAAUCAGGUCACAGCUGAUGUUGGAAAUGGCUUCAGGGAUUGGCUCCUUGGAGGAGGAUGAAACGGAUGGCUGAGGUGAUUGGCUGACAAGUGUUCUGGUGCUUUUAACAGUUCUAUGCCUUCAUACAAAAACAUGUAUGUUUAUGUUUUCAUAUAGUCUUACCUCUUGUCAGUCCUUUUGCUAGUCUAUGAGUUAUUGAUUGUUGGCUUGAUUUGUUGGUUGUUGGUCUAAUGUGAUGGUUGUGCUGUUUUUUCAUUCCUCAAAGAGGACAACUUGAGAAAAAGAAACAUAACUGAUAUGUAGCAUACAUACUCUUUAUAUGAUUUGACAGCAUUAAAAUAUUUUGGCCCAGUUUUAAGACAUCCUUUUUGCAGAAAAAUGGUGAGCUAGCAAAACCUGAAAAAAAUCAGGGAAGCACCUUCAACAAAAGUAAAGAUAACAAAGCUGUUAAGACCUGAAUAAAUGACAGGGAAAAGACUAGGGGUCUCUAAACUUUGUACAUAUGACCCAAGAAAGCUUCAGAUAUUUGUGACUGGCUCAUAUAUUAUUGUGCAGUUAGCUUAUGUUGAAUUGUGUCAAUAUGACCUACAUUUUAUCCUCGUUAUACUAAUAAACUAAAGAAGAUGAUAUCCAGGCCCAUCUGUCUCACCAGAGUAGUCAAUUAAUAACUAAUGGUAGCCAUUUGUGAAUUGUUUGACUGUGAUGUUUACUGUUUGGUUCCACUUUGUCGUAUGUUGUCUGUUUUUCGGGUUUCGGUUCCUCUAAACGGAACUAUUUUUUUUUUGGUUACUGUUGUAUCUUUUGAACCAGUAAAUCAGACAUAUUAGUCUGUCCCUUUCGUGAGUUGUCAUUUCAAUGUAUGUUCAAAACUGAAGAGUAAAAUAAAAGUUUGGUAAUGAUACCAGUAAUUAGA